AUGAGGACGAGAUGGAGAGGACGGGAGAACACCCGUUGCCAUGUCCCCCAUCCCCGUGCCCCGAUCCCCCUCCUUCUUGCAUACCGGGUGGGGUCCGGAUCACCGUGGCACCCUUGGAACAUCCUUGAGGCUAAAGUCAGUCGCCUGCAUGGGCUGGAGCUCAGCCUGCCCCUUUCAUCCUAUGCUCGGAUCCUGGGGUGGGGCUCCACCACCAUGAGGCUCCUAUUGUGGUGGUGUCUGGUCAAUAAAGCUCACGGUGGCCCAGCCCAACAUGUCCAUCUUCUUGCCGGUACCAUUGUCUGUGUUCUAUUUCGUCUUCCUUCGUUUCCUUUCUUCAUCAUCGUGCUGUUGCUUGCAAUAAGCCUUGAAGCCAACAAUAGUGUUGACCACUUCCAAUACGAUCCUUCAUCUUCUGUCCUUCUCUUCUUCAACUCGAAGCCUUGA